AUGGCGGAAUACCCUAACUAUCCACUGUACAUUCGGAGCGUUCCUAUACAGGGGGAACUCAAGUUCCACUACACAGUGCACACUUCUCUGGACGUGGUGGAGGAGAAGAUCUCUGGUGUGGGCAAAACCUUGGCUGACCAGAGGGAGCUUUAUCUGGGACUGCUAUAUCCAACGGAGGACUACAAAGUAUAUGGCUACGUGAUAAACUCUAAGGUGAAGUUUGUGAUUGUUGUUGACUCUUCCAACACAUCUUUGCGAGAUAAUGAAAUUAGAAGUAUGUUCAGAAAGUUACACAACUCCUUCACUGAUGUAAUGUGA